AACCAAUCGGCAAUCGGGUAAUAAUCCCUAAUAAUGAGCCGACGUGAACCGGCCAGAAGUCGUCGUCAUCAUCAUGAUGAUAUAAAACGCGACUUCAAAUUUCAAAAGCCUCUGAACAAGUACGGACAGCCGUCGCGCGGAGGUGGCCGUACGCCGCCCUCAACAGGCGCCAACUUUAAUCCAAACCCUAAUUUACAACAUCAGAAUCAUAACUUUCAGUUCCAGGCUCAGCUUUCGAGGCCGAUGGCAGUCGUGGAGAGGAUCGAUAAGGUAGUGCUGAAGGCUCACCGCGAAAUUCUGGCAACUGGAGAGGUUGUGUCAGCAUGGAAAGCGUCUCAAGCAGCUCUUGUAAUACUUCAGGCUGACACCUGGGACUCUUUGGGUUUCCAAGUGCAGCAAGUGCCCUCUCUUCACCGCCUUAUGCUCACCGAAGGAAAGAUUAAUGCUUUCAUUCACUGCUUUGUUGGUGCUCGAAGAAUUACAACAUUGCAUGAUUUGGAAAUUGCAAUAUGCAAUACAGAGGGGGUUGAGAGGUUUGAAGAUCUGGAAUUGGGGCCUUUGGUGAAACACCCAUUAAUUAUACAUUAUUUUUCUCUCAGUGCUGAUGCCACAGAAGUGUACAGAAUAACAAGUGAAGAGAUAGUGUCAUUGCUUUCUGAGUUCAUGGAUAUCAAUAAACAAAGAUAUGUAGAAAUUGAGGAGCUUUUGGAUUUUAUUGCAAAGAAGAAAUUUGUAACAACCAAGGAAAAGCUUGGUGUGCGAAUUCAAAGCUUGGGGAUGCAUAUCACAUUAAUCCGACAAGCAUGGCAGUUAGAAAUCACCACCGUUGCUGAAGAAAUUAAACGGCUGGGAUGUAGCAAGAGUAGUAAACGAUCCGAAAGAAAGAGAAAGUAUAGUAAUAUUCAGAGUCCUGUUACUUCACCUCAAAAAGUGUGCAAAACAAAAAGGAUCCAAACACCAUUCAGUAGGAAAGAGCAGACAGAAAGUUCUGGCAAAAAGAAUAAAAGCCUAGUGAAGCUUAGCUCAUAUAGCAGUGAUUCAAUGAAGAUGUUCAUUACCACUUGGAAGGAGACAUGUCAAGCAAACAAUGUGUAUGAGGUGUUUGAGAAGAUGAUUCAAUUUUAUGGGAUAAUGAAGAGAACAAAAGCAAGCAAAUUGUUUUCCUCAGACCCAUUUGUUGGCUUGGUUCAUAUUGCUGUAACAUCUAUUAAAAAUGGAAUAUGGGAUAGCAUCUAUGAUACCUUCCAAAGUUUCAGCCAACUUGAUGUAGCAAACACAGUUUCUGAGAAUUGUUCUGGUUUUAUAUCCAUUGAUGUUGAAUCACCUAGAAGGAAAGUAUCCAGUCUUUCUCCAAAACUUUUGGCACCUGAACAUGGUGUCUCAGUUGAGGACAUUGUGAGCAAAAUUUCUGCAUAUCUAGAGAUUGAGAAUGACAGAUUUUACUCCACUAGUUUAUGCACAGAUAAGUUCAUUAUCCCGAGGAAACUCUGUAAGCUUGAAUCUUGGCUGUCGGAGCAGUUCUCUCCUAAGGGAUUUGAGUCACUUGGUUAUGGGGAUAUAUGGUCAUUCAUGGAAAAACACAUGCAUCUUUCUGUACAUGCUUUGCGAAAGAGCUUGAGAGGUGAUACUUCUGAGAAUAUUCCUUUGAAGGCCUCAAUGCUUGAGCUUCAGUUGGAUGUUUUACUGUCACAGGCUUUGCAUCGGUUAUUGGACAAUGAAAAGUUAAACAUGAAAAAGGUUUCAGAGUUGCUAGCUAGACAAUUUCCUUUAGUAUGUUUUCAGUUGGUACAGAGUGAUUCAUUGGUAGUAUUUGAUGAUAUUACAAAGGAGAAAGCUGAUAUGAGCUCGAAGUGUGUAAUAUUUUCUGAAACUUUGUUGAAAACUGAUGCAUUUAGUAAAAGUGGGAGAAAUAUCUCAGAAACAUCUGGCUUGGAAAUUAAUAUAGGAAGUGAAGCUGGUUUUCAUAGUAUGUUAACAUCCAAAGAUGCUAUAAAAGUUUUGCUCAAUGCUCCAAUGCUGACAGAUCUAAGCUUGUGGUCACACUGGGACAUUGUAUUUGCUCCUUCGCUUGGUUCUCUUGUUGGUUGGUUGUUGAAAGAUGUUAAUAACAAACAGUUGUUAUGUUUGGUGACAAGAGGUGGAAAAGUAAUUCGGGUAGAUCAUGCAGCAACCACUGAUUCAUUCUUAGAAGUUAUUCUGCAAAGAUCUCCUUUUGAAACAGCAGUGAAGCUGUUAUCUUUGUUAGCUUUAUAUGGGGGGUUCCUUUGGCCCUCCUAAAGUGCUACACUCACA